AAAUACAAAUGCAAACACACACACAAGUCCAUGCUGAAUUGAGAAUGUGUUUGGAUCUGCGUGUACGUCAAAAUGGUGACGUUUGUACGGUUGCUAGUAGCGGUUCAUCGGCAAACGGUGCGGUUGUGUUUUUUUGUUUACACCACGGUUUAAGUUUUUAACGCAAACGAAUCACAUUCUCGGAUCGAUUUUAAUGGUGGAAAUCGCCCAUUUUUUCUUCCAUAUGAAAAUAAUUUGUCGAAUUAAGAGAAUUUAUUUUCACUGUGACUUUUAAAAUAUUGAACCGAAAGUUUGAAUGCUUCGCCAAUUUGUAGGUCAAGGCCACAAACUUCAAACGAUGUUCAGUGUGCUGUCAACAAAAUCAACUGUAUACAGUUGCGAUAGCAAUACACACGCACAGAGAAAUCUAUGUACGGGUACACCCAUACGCAGACCAGCUCAGCGGUUUGACGUUUUCACAUACAUCAACACAGCACAGCACAGCACACAUAAAGUGCAUUCGAAAGAAUGAGAAAAAUGACUAACUUCUAAUUAAAUAAUAAGUGGAAAGUUUUUUUUCCAAUUGAAAUUCAAUCAAAUCGAUAUUACAAUUUCUAUUGUGUUUAUAUGUUGUUGUUUUUUUUAUUUUACAAAUUGGAAAAUUGUAAAAAGAUCACAAUCGAGCGGAAAUUCGGUCGAUAUUAUUUUGUUUCUGCGUAAUAUUGGACGACCAUCGAUUGGGAGACUGUGAACACUGUGAGACAAGGAAAAAAAAACACCGCCCGCCAAUUGACUAUCGCACAAAAAUGGAUUUUGAUAGUCCCGAUCCGGAUGUUGAGAAAGAAUUUCCUGGAUUAUUUGCAUCGGCCAAUCAAAAGAAAGACGAAGAUGACUUUAGUGAAGGUGGUGACCACGAAAGUAAGGUGAGCAAAAAAGAACUACUGCUAUUGGGUCGACGCAAAGAGAAAAAAGACAAAAAAGAUCGUGGAUACGCUACAUUGGAUGGUGAAAGUUCGGAGGAAGAUUUUGAAACAAAAAGCCCAUCGAAAUCAGCAAAGAAAUCAAAGACUUUCAAAUUCACAUCAUCAAGGAGCAAAGAGAAACGUGAAAAAUCGCGCGACAAAGAGAAAUCUGAAAAAGAAUCGAAAGAACGUGACAAGAAACUAGAGAAAGAAUCGAAAGAGCGUGAGAAAAAGAGCGAAAAAGACAAAGACAAGGAGAAGAAGAGCGAGAAGGAGCGUGAUAGCGAUAGCAAAGACAAGAAAAAGGACAAAAAGGAGAAACACAAGGAAAAAAAGGAAAAAAAAGUUAAGCAAACCAGCAGUAACACCAUCUCAGACAUUCUCGAACUGGGAGUUGCUCAACCGAUAUUUGGAGUUUCAUUGGGCUUGGCUGUUGUGCGGGGUCACUGCCAUGACAACGUCAAUUUGCCAUUGAUUGUACGGGACUGUAUCGAUUACCUGCAGGAACAUGGACUACAAAGCGAACAGAUAUACAAAGUGGACGUGGUCAAAACGAAGCUGCAACAGUUGAAGCAAGUGUACAAUAACCGUGAAACGGUGCCCACUUCUGAGUUUGACAUACCAACCGCCUGCAGCCUGCUUAAAUUGUUUAUACAUGAACUACCUGAGCCACUAUUGACAACAGACCUAUUGCCGCGCUUCGAAGAGGUGGCCACUGGUCAGGUGGCCUCUCAAACGGCACAGAUUCAAGAGCUUGGCGUUCUCAUCAAUCAAUUGCCCAGCUGUAAUCGAACCCUACUAAUGUGGCUACUGUUGCAUUUCGAUUCGGUUAUAAAAAAUGAAAAAACGAACAAAAUGAAUAUUCAAACCUUGGCAAUGCUGCUCGGUCCAACGCUACAAAUGUCUCAUCGAUUACUCGUGACAAUGUUGACUCAUUGCUCGGUACUCUUCCCGGGUGUUGUGUUGACAAAGUACAAACCGCCCAUUACAUCAGCGUCGACAAGUCCAAAUUUACCGGAGACACCCGACCAAAUUCAUGAAGAGUUGAAAAAGCAGGAGAGCUUAUUGAGCCAAAUCCAUUCUGAAAUGAAUGCAGGCUUUGUGUCAAAGAAGCGUGAGGAACAAUUAUGGGAGGUGCAGCGAAUAAUUACACAGCUGAAGCGUAAAUUGAGGUCAUUCGAACGGAGUCAAGAUUCGAUGCAAAAGAGUAUAGACGAUGGGAUCGGUGAUGUGGAUACAUCGUUGUCUUAUGAGGGGACGGCGCAGCUGAUCAAAACGAAAUCAAUUUGCUCGGACGAUGAGUCGUUGAAAACGUUGACCAUUGUCUCAACCGAAUCGAAUACGGAGACAAAGACAUCGCCUCAAGAUGCACCCGACCAAGGACCAAGCAGCGAAACGACACGUUCGCGCAGUGAAAAAUCUCAUACACACGAUGAUGCCUCGACAUCGGCCACGGAGACUGAUAAAAUAACCGUUAACGAAAAUGGCUUGCUUAUGCUACCGGAAUCACAUCCAGAGUAUUUGAAUUUGAUACGGCUGCAGCUGGAAAAUCACGAGCUCAACCAAUGGAAACAGAAAUUACAACGGCGCAUUCAGAGUGAGCGUACCGAAGUGACACGAUUGAAAUCAAUUUUAAAUGCACGACAAACCACCAAUUCCAUGCCAUCAAACAGUGACACAAUGAAUAGCCUGCCGGACGGAUCCAACUAUGAACGCGUUGUUGCUCAAUACGUUCUGGAGAAUACAAUGCUGGAACAGAAGAAAAACUUUUUGGCUAAAGAGAUUUUCGAUGAGAAUCAAAAAUUGAUUCAGCUACAAGUCGAACUGGCCGUUAGGCAAUUCCAAAUAUGAAAACAAUAUGGGCAGAAAACAAGAGAAAAAAAACCCAAUUUGCAAAACAAAAAAGAAUAGAUUACUUUGAUAGAAUAUCUAAUUUAUACAGUUUAGAUUUUAUGAUAUUGUGGAAAAAAUUUUCAUUACCUGAGAAAAAUAAAUGAAAAGUAAAAUAUCAAAAGAACGAUAAAAAUAACAACACACACUCACAAACGAAAAUUGUACGUUUACAAGCCUUACUACAACUACUGAAGCUGUAUUGUCUGUUAGAGUAUUAAAAGAGAAGAGAAGAAAAAUUGUAGUUUAAACAAAACAGAAGAAAAAACUAUUGUGCAAAUAUUGUCUUUCGCGUUGUGCAUGUCGUAGACGCACGCAACGAAUAGAAAAAGAUAAAUAAAUUUUAAAUGAAAAAACCUUUGAA